AUGAUGUCCUCGUCAAAUGACGAGGAUCCUUUCCUCCAAGUCCAAGCCGAUGUAUUAUCCGCCCUCAACACGUCCCGCCCACUCUUCAAGUCAUACCUACGCAUCCGCUCCUCAGCUUCAUCAGCGAAUAGCCCCGAGCUCCUCGAAGCGCGCCACGAGCUCGAGCAGACGCUGCAAGACCUAAGCCAAGACCUCGCCGACCUCGUCGAGAGCGUCAAGGCUGUCGAAGUCGACCCUUACCGCUUCGGCCUGGAGAUCGAUGAAGUAGAGCGCCGACGACGCCUAGUAAAGGAUGUUGGCGAUGAGAUUGAGAACAUGCACGACACACUGCGACAGACGGUCCAACACGCACAGAACACGGGCCUGCCGGAUCCCGAAUCCUUCGAGGAGGAUGAGGACCACUAUGCCGCCUUUGAGCAGGAGAGACAGCUGGAGAUGAUGCAUGACCAGGACGAGGCCCUUGAUGGUGUAUUCCGCACUGUGGGCAAUCUACGACAGCAGGCCGACGACAUGGGGAGGGAGCUGGAGGAGCAAGGCGAGCUGCUCAACGACGUCGACAACGUGGCGGACAGAGUGGGCGGGAAGCUGCAGACGGGCAUCCAGAAGGUGGGCUGGGUCAUCAAGAAGAAUGAAGAUCGGUGGUCCAGCUGCUGCAUUGCAGUCCUCAUCUUCGUCCUCAUCGUCCUCCUCGUCCUGCUCCUCAUACUUUGA